GAUAACUAGUGCAAGUCUAAGUUCAUUCAAAUCAUGAUGGUCCUUUGAUCAUUAAGUUCCUGGAUGCAAAUUACAUACUUGCAGAACAAUAAUCUUUUGACCAUUCCAUUUCCAGGACUAUAUUCUUGAAUGCACGAUGCAGUAUCAGUAGACUAAUAGUAGUCAUAUUACAGAUUGCCCAGGAGUUGUGCUUGCCUUUUGGUAUUACUUUAUAGCACUAAGAGAUGCCGGAGAACGUAGUCCUGGUCCAUCAACACCUAGAGUUCGGCAUCGUAGACGAUCUAGUGAGUUUCAGGUCCCUUCAGACUUGAGUAAACAGAAUGGCAACAAUUUGCUUGUUCAUGACAAAAACAAGUAUCGAUCUAUGUUGGUCCGUGCAUACUCAUCCCUUUGGAUGGUUGCACUCGCUUCAAUUAUAGUGUACCUCGGUCAUCUCUAAAUCUUUGCCAUGGAAGUUAUCAUACAAAUAUUUAUGGUCAGUGAGCUUUUUACCUUGAGUCGAAGAGCUCAUGAAGAAAAGCGACUUCCAGGAUUUAGGCUUUUGAACUGGCACUUCUUCCUUACAGCAGUGCUAUUCAUGUAUGGCCGGAUACUCUUUGACAGUGGCAAUAGAGUCACAAUAACUCUUAUGGUCUAUGACCAGCCCCGGUGGGUUAUAUCAAUGGGAAGUUGUGUAAAUGGAGGUGGAUACUAUCAUUAUUCCUACUCUGUUGUUCGAGGUUGUGACCGGAUUGUUCCAGUGGAUAUCUGUCCCUGGCUGCCCACCAACAGUUGAGGCCUUGCUUUAUGGACUUCUGCAGCUACAGAAGAAAAUUAACAAGCGCAAGGAUUUACUUCACUUGUGGACCAAGUGAGCACAUUCUGCUUAUAUUCCUUUAACAUGGCUACAUUUUGGCGAGAUACUAAUCAGUGUAGUAUAUGCCGGCUUGUUAUGGCCAAGGGUCAUUCAUGAUAUCUGAAGAAAGCCCCUUGAAAUUACUCUAAACUGUAAUGCCCAGUUGUGGUUUUUUAUUGUAUCUAAUGAGAGGUUUACAUGUUCUUUUAGUUUUCUCACUUCCAGAUUUAAAAAAAAAAUUGAAACUCUAUAUGUUAUUUUUCUUUCUGGGUGAAGUGAAGCUAUCCUUUGGUUUUGUAUCUGGGUUAAGGAUGAAGAGAACCUUUGAUUAAAAUUCAGUCUUCUAAUAAGAUUC